GCGCAGCGUGCAGAGGCGAGAAGUCAGACUCCAGCCCCAGUCCGUCCAGCGAGGAGCGCGGGAGAGCCAUGAGGACCUGCAGGAGCCUUGUGGUUGCCCUCGUGGCAUUACUGCAAGUUGCUCUAGUAGUGAGUAAGGCGCUGGACCCGCAAGAACACUUAACACCACCCGCACCAGACGCCCCCAUCUCCGGCCAGCCCGCAGAGCCCUCGGCCGCAGCGACGGGCGUGGCCGUGGCCGAGCGGCGCAUCGACCCGUCCGGAGGUGGAGGCGGCUACGACGACCACCACGACCACCACGAGGAGCACCACGACGACCACCACGACCACCACGAGCACAAGGGCUACUGGAAGAAGAAGCUCAUCUGGAAGCCCGACUGGGUCAAGGUCUGGAAGCCGGCCCAGAAGCAGAUCUGGAAGCAGGGCUGGAAGAAGGUCUGGAAGCCCAUCUGGGUGCCGACCAAGAAGGCCGCCUGGCAGGACAUCCAGAUCCCCAAGUGGAAGAAGAUCUGGAAGCCCAUCUGGGUGCCCAUCAAGGUCCCCGCCUGGAAGGAAAUUCAGGUGCCCGCCUGGAAGAAGAUCUGGAAGCCCAUCUGGGUGCCCAUCAAGGUCCCUGCCUGGAAGGAAAUCCAAGUGCCUGCCUGGAAGAAAUACUGGAAGCCCAUCUGGGUGCCCAUUAAGGUUCCCGCCUGGAAAGAAAUCCAAGUCCCUGACUGGAAGAAGAUUUGGGUUCCUGAAUUAGUCAAGCAAUGGGUUCCCGGACCUAAGCACCUCGGCAAGGACCACCACGGCUGGGAGUACAAGGCUCAUGACAUCUGGAGGAAAAAGGUCGUCUGGAAGGCACACUGGAAGAAGAUCUGGAGAACCGAGAAGAAGCAAAUCUGGGUCGAGAGCAAGAAACUGGAAUGGAAGGAAGAGUGGAAGCAGAUCUGGGUGCCAAGCAAGAAACAGAUCUGGGUAGAGAGCAAGAAAUUGGCCUGGAAGGAAGACUGGAAACAAAUCUGGGUACCUAGCAAGAAGCAGAUCUGGGUGGAGAGCAAGAAACUGGCCUGGAAGGAAGCAUGGAAACAGAUCUGGGUGCCGAGCAAGAAGCAGAUCUGGGUUGACGACAAGAAGCUGGAGUGGAAGGAAGACUGGAAAGAAAUCCAAGUCCCCGCCUGGAAGAAGAUCUGGGUGCCCGCCUGGAAGAAGAUCUGGAAGCCCGUCUGGAUCUCCGAAUGGUUCCCCAUCCCCGAGCAUAAGCCGCACCACGACUGGGACCGCAAGGACAACGGCCAGCAGCAGCUGCAGCAGCAACCUCAGCCUUUACAACAACUGCAGCCACAGCCGCAGUGGGACCGGUCAUGGCAGCAGCUGCAGCAGCACCAGCAGCAGCAGUUCGGGGAGCAGCAGCGGUGGCGGCGGCAGGACAACGCGCCCACCCCACUGGUAGCCUUCCCCCAGCAGGCCGCGCAGCCCGCCCAGGCCGCCCAGGCCGCCCAGGCCGUGCAACAGCCCACCGAGUACCUGCAGCCGCCCGCGGCCUAGCGACCUAACCUAACCUGCUCAACCAGACGCGAAGGUCUUCGGUCUCUCAGCGCCGUUGUCAAGGCACCCCAGAGGCCCCAGACCUUGGCGCCACCAGGUCUCUUAGUCGGCGAGGAGAAGAGAGCGGAAAAAAGUCAUUUUUUGUAUUGUUGUUGUUGUUGAUUGUUCCACGUAGGUCUAUAUGAUGAAUUGAAAGUUACCAAACCAGCAUUGAUAUGAUGUCGAGGUGUUUCGUACCAAAUUCUUAGAGUAACAAAAUGCUUUUGUGCCGACCUGUUAACCUGAAACCUGUGACUGUCUUCGUGUGUGUGAGUCAGAAUGUGUGCGUGUGUGUGUGUUUUAUUGUACAUAUUGUUAUGUUUGAAAACACAACCUUGUUAUGUUUGUUCCUUUUAUAAUUAAAUGUGUUUUGUACAAACGG